UUUCAGGUGGAGGGGACUUCAGCCAUAGCAGCCAUGACAGAUUUCUCUGGGGUAGAAGAAACCCCAUCGGACACUGGACUGAGGUCAAUGUUAGGGGGGACCCAGCAGAAGGUGGACGGAGGGACUACCUUUCCUGGUGCUGGGAUGGCAAAAGGACUUCAUUCUCUUCCUGCCCGAGUGGAAAUGGAAGUGGCACACUCUCCACCGGAUCAGGGCCCGGUGACCUUUGAGGAGGUGGCUGUGCAUUUCACGGAGGAGGAGUGGGCUCUGCUGGAUCCGGCCCAGAGAGCCCUGCACAGGGAAGUCAUGGAGGAGAAUUACGGGAAUCUGAACUUUCUGUAUGGUGGACGGGAAAGUCAAGGGAGAAGGAAAGCUGGAUCAGAACAGCCAGGGAAGAUGAAUUCUGUCUGUUCCCAAGAAAUCCCACUCCCACAAGUAUAUCACGGAAGAGAAAAAGGAAAUACCCUGUGUUCAAAGCAGUCUAUCUUUAGCACAGAUCAGAUGAUCCAUGAAGGGGAGACGCUCUUGAUAUGCUCGGAGUGUGGGAAGAGCUUCAACCGGAGCACAAACCUGACUCGGCACCAACGGAUCCACACGGGAGAGAAGCCGUUUAAAUGCUCUGAGUGCGGGAAGAGCUUCAGCCAGAAGAUGAACCUUACGCGACAUCAGAGAGUGCACACGAGGGAUAAACCCCAUGAGUGCUCAGCGUGUGGGAAGAGCUUCAGUCAGAGGACGACCCUGAAAAUACAUCAGAGAAUCCACAUGGGGGAGAAACCGUACACAUGCUCAGAAUGCGGGAAUAGCUUCCGCCAGAAGAUAAAUCUCACCAGGCAUCAAAGAGCACACGCGAAAGAGAAACCCUACAAAUGCCCCGAGUGUGGAAAGAGCUUCAGCCACAGCUCAAGCCUCAAGGAUCAUCAGAGAAUCCACACGGGGGAGAAGCCAUACAAAUGCUCCGAGUGUGGGAAGAGCUUCAGCCAGACCACCAGCUUUGCUUACCACCAGAGACUUCACUCUAGAGGGAAACCAUACCAAUGCCCUGAGUGCGGGAAAAGCUUCAGCCAUUGCUCAAACCUCAAUGAGCAUCAGAGAAUCCACACAGGGGAGAAACCGUACGAGUGCUCUGAGUGCGAGAAGAGGUUCAGUCAGAAGAUAAACCUUGCAAGGCAUCAGAGGGUACAUACAGGGGAGAAACCGUAUCGAUGUUCGGAGUGCGGGAAGAGGUUCAGCGACGGCUCGAGCCUUAGUGCCCACCAGAGAAUCCACACCGGAGAGAAGCCGUACAAGUGUGCCGAGUGCGGGAAGAGCUUCAGCCAACUCACCAACUUCAAUUACCAUCAGAGAAUCCACACGGGGGAGAAACCCCACGAAUGCCCAGAGUGCGGAAAGAGUUUCAGCCAGAAGAUAAAUCUUAUUAGACAUCAGAGAGUAAUCCACACGGGAGAGAAACCCUACAAAUGCCUGGAGUGCGGGAAGAGCUUUAACAGGAGCUCAAACCUUACUUCCCAUCAGAGAAUCCACACGGGAGAGAAACCCUAUAAAUGCCUGGACUGCGGCAAGAGUUUCAGGGAGAGCGCAAACUUUACUUCCCAUCAGAGAAUCCACACAGGGGAAAGGCCGUAUCAGUGUUUGGAGUGUGGGAAGAGUUUCAACAGGAGCACGAACCUCACUUCCCACCUGAGAAAGCACACCGGGGAGAAACCAUAUAACUGCUCGAUAUGCAGUCGGAGCUUCUGCGAUAAAUCCGUCUUCAAUCUCCACCAGUUGAUUCACUCAAGGGAUAAGCCACACAAAUGUUUGGCAUGUGGCAAGAGCUUCAUUCGGCGGUCGCAACUUACUUCCCACGAAGGAAUCCACACGGGGGAGAAACCGUAUAAAUGCUCCGUGUGCGGAAAGAGUUUCCAUCGAAGUUCCAAUCUUACCUCACAUCAGAGAAUCCACGCUGGGGAGAGGCCCUAUAACUGUUCCGAAUGCAGCAAGAGAUUUUACUACAAAUCACACCUCCUUAUACACCAAAGAAUGCACACUGGGGAGAAACCCUACAGCUGCCCGGAGUGCGGGAAAGACUUCAGGCAUCAUACGAACCUUGCUUCUCAUCAGAGGACCCAUACGGGAGAGAAACCCUACAGCUGCCUGGAGUGCAGCAAGAGCUUUUACGAUAAGCACCACCUUCUCACACACCAGAGAAUCCACACCGGCGAGAAGCCGUAUCAGUGCUUGGAGUGCGGAAAGAGCUUCGGCCAAAGCUCGAGCCUGAGUUCCCAUCAAAAAGUUCACACGGAGGAGAAGCCGUAUCAGUGCCCGGAGUGUGGGAAAAACUUCAGCCAGAGGAAGAAUCUCACCAGGCACCAGAAGAUCCACUCGGGAGAAAAACCGCAUCAGUGCAUGGAGUGCGAAAAGAGAUUUUUUGAUAAGUGUACACUGAAGAGGCACCAGCAAACUCACAGAGGGGAAGAUUUGUCCAUCAUGUCUUGGAGCGUUGAUGUGGAUUCGGGUGGCGCGCCAGUUUUGCGCCCCCUCAGGGAAUUUGCACAAGAAUACGAUUUGUGAGAUUUAGUGAGAAAUCAUCCCUCAUUAGAGGAGUCACUCUGUAGCAGGGCUGUGUUAUCCCAUAAGCAGACUGGGCAUGUGCUAAAGGCACCAGUGUAGUGUAGCGUUAAAAAAACCUACAAGAACUUGACAUUUCGAUAUUUGAAAAACAAAACAAAACAUCGAACUAAGCAUGAGAAAACCAGAACUUUGUUAAGACUUCCUUCCACCCCACAC